AGUGGAACUGAUUUCAGAGAAUUAAGUAUCGUGGAGCUCAAUAUUGAUGAAAAUACCAAUGAAGAAGGACGAAAUCUUAAAAAAAUAAAAACUAUAACUGUGACACGACGAGAAAUUACCUCAUCUAUCGUCGAAGAUGAAAGUCUGUCAGAAUUGAUUGAAUCAGCAACAUCAGAUAUCAAAGAAAAAAUGACAAAACCUGUAGCUUACACAGAAACAACAUGGGAUUGUCGUUCCUCAAUGCUUCGUACGCAAGAGACAGCAUUUGGAAACUUUGUUGCGGAUUUAAUGUUUUAUGCCUAUAAACCAUGUAUUCCUUAUAAUAUUGAUUGUGCUAUUUUAUGCGCUGGAACUAUCAGAUCGGAUUCAUUAUAUGAUGGAGAAAUCACAUUGGGAGAUUUGCUCGAAAUAUUUCCGUUUGAAGACACAGUUGUUGUUAUUCGUGUCACUGGACGUCAGUUAUGGGACGUGCUGCAAAGUGCCGUUUCAAUGGUUCCUAAACAAGAAGGUCGGUUUCCGAUUGUAAGUGGGUUAAAAAUAGAAUAUAAUCGCAAUGCAGAACCCGGCGAUCGUUUGCGAAAUGUAUGGUUGACCGAAAGACAAGUUGAUGACGAAGGUGAAGAUGAAAACAUAUCUGAUGAUCCUGGCCCACAUCGAAUUAUCGGAAAGCUUGAUAUGCAAAAGACAUAUACAGUUUGCACGCGAGCUUAUUUGGCAUCAGGUAGCGAUGGCUACAAAGCCUUCGCUGAACCAACUACACAAUACCUUGUGGAUGAUGAGAAUGGGAUGAUUCUUUCCACUUUAGUCCGACGAUAUUUCAUUGGCCUUUAUUACAUUAAUGCGAUAAAGUAUAAUAUGAGCUGUGAAAAUCGCACGAAGGAAGCAGUUAUUAAGGCCGCUAAUUCAUGGAAAAAAUUUGCCGAGACAAGACGAGAGAAAUCAGCGUACGGAAAUAUAUCUAGUCGAAGAAUCAGUAGUGCAUUAUCUCUCUCUAUGAGUGAACAUGUGAAAGUGCAAGAAGAGGAAGAAGCAACAUCUACAUCCAAUCCAGCAGUGGAAAUAGUACCAAAGAAAGUAGAGUUUGUAAGGGAUUGGGUUACUGUUGCACCAAUGAUUGAAGGUAGAAUUGUAACCGUGGAUUUUUAA